GCACUUCCUGGCGUCCGCUCCGAAGGCGGAAAAGCGGGGCGCGGGAGCGCCGCGCGUCUGUGCCGACGGGGCGGCUGCCGGCCUCCGGGCCGGGCCUUCUCCGAGCCGCGCGCCAUGGCGUCGGAGGGGCCUCGGGAGCCCGUGGGCGAGGGCAUCAAGUUGUCAGCAGAUGUCAAACCGUUUGUCCCCAGAUUUGCUGGGCUCAGUGUGGCGUGGUCAGAGUCUUCGGAAGCACGUGUGUUCCCUAGCUGUGCAGCCACCUACUAUCCGUGUGUUCAGGAGCUCCCCGUACCUGAGCAGAAGCUCUAUACUGAAGACGUGGCCUUUGGAGCUUCAGCUUUUCCACCUCCGUAUUUAUCUUCUGAGCUCGCUCUUCAUCCGUGCCGCGACGCUCCUUACCCCGCAGAGUGUCCGCGGAGCGUCUGCCCGCUGCCCGGCUCCCAGUAUGCUUACGGACACCCCAGCGCGUACUGCGGUUUGCAGACUGUGAAGCCGCGAGGCGAGCAGAUGUGCCCUCCCCCACCAGACACAAAAGCCCUGUUCAAGAAAAAAACGUAUGAUGAGCAAAAGUUUGACAGCAAGAAGGCUGACGGAUCUCUGUCAUCUGAGAUAAAAUCAGUUAGAGGUUCACAUCCUGUGUCCAUUCGCACUGACACUAACUUGAAACCAGAUGCUUCUCAGAGACGAACAGACAGGAAAUCCAGAAUUGUUGAAAAGAGUGGAUCUGCCUCCAAACCUGAGUUUGAAUUUACCAGGCUGGACUUUCCUGAACUGCAGGGUCCAGAGAACAGUGAGAUCUCAGAGACCCAAAAGCAGCCCACGUGGGGGGCUCUGCGCUCUGCCUCAGCUGAACUCUCUCUUCUCAGAGAGGUGGUGAAACCUGCCGUGGUGACAGCAGAGGGUGAAGCGGUGGUGAGAAGCACGGACACAGCGGAGUCCGUGACCAGCAGCGCUGCGGCCGAUCCCUCCUCCUGUCCCAGAGAGUUGUCUUGGACACCAAUGGGUUAUGUUGUUCGGCAGACAUUACCUACAGAACGGUCAGCAGCCCCUAAAAACAUUACUUCCAUGAUAAACCUCAAGACGGUCGCUUCGUCAGCAGACGCAAAAAGCGUUAGUAUGUCACCUCCUGAAGUUGUGUCCUCGGAUCCUUCCUACACAGAGAAGCACGUCCUCUCCGCUAACAAGUCCAAAGCAUCACAAGGUGUUGAUCCUGAACAGAAUGAAGCCUCGAGAAAGCAUAAGAAAAAGAAAGAAAAGUCUAAAUCAAAAUAUGAAGUCUUGACCGUUCAAGAGCCACCAAGGAUUGAAGAUGCCGACGAGUUCCCCAAUCUGGCAGUUGCGUCUGAAAGAAGAGACAGAGUAGCAUCUCCGAAAUUUCAAUCCAAACAGCAGCCACAGAAUAAUUUUAAAAAUAGUGGAAAGAAGAGCCAGAUUCCGGUACAGUUGGAUUUGGGCGGAAUGCUGGCAGCCCUGGAAAAGAAGCAGCAUUCCCAGAGCGCAAAGCCGUCCUCCAGACCUGUGGUGUUCUCAGUCGGCGCGGUGCCGGUCCUCUCCAGAGACACCACGUCGGGGAAGAAGGGCCACCACUUGAGCCAGCUGAAGACCCCGCACAACCCGUUGGACUCCAGCGCCCCACUGAUGAAGAAGGGGAAGCAGAGGGAGGUCCCCAAGGCCAAGAAGCCAACCUCGUUGAAGAAGAUCAUUUUGAAAGAACGGCAGGAGAGAAAGCAACAGCGUCUUCAAGAAAAUGCUGGGAGCCCAGCUCCCGCCGGUGAGGCUGUGCUGGAUGGCGAGAGCGGUGGUGACGACGAGCCCUUCGAGCAGGCUGGACCCUCAGGGGCGCCGGAGGAGUCGCUGUCCCCUGCGCCCACGCUGGAGGGCAGGUCGGAAGAGCUGCCGAGAGCUGAGCUCCAGAAGGAGGUCGAGGGCUGCCACCUGGUCCCCAGCGGCGCCGGCUGCCCCAAGAUCCACAGCCGGAGAUUCCGGGAUUACUGCAGCCAGAUGCUGAGUAAGGAGGUGGACGCCUGCGUCGCGGAGCUGCUGAAGGAGCUGGUGCGUUUCCAAGACCGCAUGUACCAGAAGGACCCCGUCAAGGCCAAGACCAAGCGCCGACUCGUGCUGGGGCUGCGGGAGGUCCUCAAGCAUCUCAAGCUCAGGAGACUAAAGUGCGUCGUCAUCUCCCCCAACUGUGAGAAGAUCCAGUCGAAAGGUCACCUUGCAGGGACCGAGUCUGGAUCCUACACUCUGAGCUUUCCUGGUUGCCGUUCCGCAGCUGGAGACUUGAGGGUUCCUGGCUGUUUGGGGCCCCAGGGCCCAGGAGCAGCAGCUGGCCCUGCUCGCUGCCCGCUCAGCUCGUCCUGGUGCUAGCUCGGAGCAGGCCCUGACACUGGAAUAGGAGAGACGGGGGCCUCGGGCCCUUGCCGUCUGGCUGUGUGUUGGCCGUGCCCAUCCCUUGGGUCCCCUCACACGUGGGCUUCAACACGAGGCCGGCCUCCAGCUCCCAGCCUCGGCCUGAGCCUCCUCCAAGCCCGUGGGUGCCUGGGGUGUUCCACCGCUGGGCUCCUCAGGGCCUCUGCAGCAACCUGCGGCUGUCCUGGGGCGGCCUCCCAGCUCCGGCAGGGGAGCGUGCUGUGCUGAUGCCAGAAGGCGGUGUGCGGGCGCGUCCAGCGGACGGGGCCCGAGUGCAGGCUCCUGGCUGUCCCGCGCUGCCGUCGUGCUCCGUCUUCCGGAAGCACAAGGGCGCUGCUCGGUGCCUGGGGCUCUGCGAGAAGGGCAGGCGGCUCGCCGGGCCACCCGCUGCCCGCCGGGCAUGUGCCGUGCCGGGCCCUGCGCCGCUGCGCUCUCUGCCUCCCCUCGGUUCGGCUUUUUGUCAGGGUUCCUCAGCCGCCUGUCCUCAGCUGGAACAGAGUCUUCCAUCUCUGCCAGUGUUUCCGACUUCCAGGAGCUGUGCUUUUGUCCUGAGGUCUGUGUGUUUUUUGCCGCCCCUGCUGCUUCUGGGCUGGAUCAGUGCCCUGAGCCGCGUGCAGAGAGGGUGUAGGGGUGCUCCCCUCCCCCCCUGCCGCCUCCCUUGCUGCUGCUUUGCCGUUCGUCUCAGGCCGGAGGCUUCUGCGGAUGGCUUCUGGCCGUCAGGCAUCUGUAUGUCCCCAGCCGCCGAGACGCCGGUGCGGCUGGCAUGUGGAGGCUGGGAGCCUCGUCGGAGGGCAGUGCUUCUCCAGCUGGUGAGCGUCGGCACCGCCCCGACUCCCAGCCAGAGCAGGGCCGCUGGACCCCAGAGUUUGCAUUUCGAGCGUGUUCUUCAGUGAUGCUGCUGCUCCAGGGACCCGGUCUACGAAGCCCCGCUCUAGGCUGGCUGGUUGGGCCGCUGCUGUGCCGGAGAGCCCCGAGGGCCUCUCUCUGAUGCCCCUGGGCAAGAUGCUCCCACCUGGCGCGGGCCCGGCCUCCACCCUGCAUCUGUCCUCACCUCCCGCCCUAGAAGCGCAGUGCCCGGCGUUGCCCAGCCGACGCGUGUGUGCACGCCGGCUUGCCGCCGCCACCUCUGAACUUCCCUCC